GUUCUUUCCGUAUUUUCAACCAAUUUUAAAUAAAUUAAGCUUUAAAAAGUUAAAAAAUGAUGUCCCUACCGGAUACAGACAGCGAGGAUGAGCUGCCCCCAGGCUGGGAAGAGCGUGCCACAGACGACGGCACUGUCUGCUACGUGAACCAGCAGAACAAAACCUCGCAGUGGACCCAUCCCAGGACUGGGCGAUCCAAGCGCAUUACUGGGGAGCUUCCCUUGGGCUGGGAAAAAUACUAUGACGAGCAGUCAAAAAAAUUUAUUUUCCUCAACAAAGAGACGCAGCAGCGCAGCAAUGUGGAUCCCCGCCUAGCCUUUGCUGUGGAAGAACCCACCCAGAACGUGGCACAAGUGCGGCAGAGAUUUGAUUCCUGCAGCACAGCACUACAGGUGCUCCAUGGCAAGGAUCUGCACGGACGAAUUGCAUUGAUAACCGGAGCCAAUUGCGGCAUUGGCUUUGAGACUGCUCGCUCUCUGUCUCAGCAUGGUUGUGAGAUCAUAUUCGCCUGUCGCAGUAGGGCCAGCGCUGAGGCAGCCAUCGAUCGGAUUGCCCAGGAGCGACCCUCGGCGCGAGCUCGUUGCCGCUUUGUGGCCCUCGAUUUGAGUUCAUUGCGUGCUGUCCAGCAAUUUGUGCAGGAAAUCAAGCAGAGUGUGAGCCACAUUGAUUACCUCAUCCUGAACGCGGGCGUUUUUGCCUUGCCCUAUACGACGACCGUUGACGGUCUGGAGACUACAUUCCAAGUAUCGCAUUUAUCCCAUUUCUACUUGACUCUGCAGCUGGAGACGUUGUUUGAUUACAAGUCGAGAAUUGUGGUGCUGUCAUCUGAAUCACACAGGUUCGCCAAUCUUCCUGUGGACAAUCUGGGCGUUCAUCAUUUGUCACCACCACCAGAGAAAUACUGGAGCAUGAUGGCCUACAACAAUGCAAAGCUGUGCAACGUCCUCUUUGCCCAGGAACUGGCUCAACGCUGGAAGCAACGCGGAAUCUCUGUUUUCUCUGUGCAUCCUGGGAAUAUGGUCUCCACGGAAUUGUCGCGUAAUUAUUGGUUCUACCGCUGGCUGUUUGCCAUCGUGAGACCCUUCACCAAGUCCCUGCAACAAGCGGCUGCCACCAGCAUCUACUGCGCCACAGCCAACGAGCUGACGGGCCUGUCGGGACUCUACUUCAACAAUUGCUUCUUCUGUGAGCCCAGCAAGCUCUCCAAGAGUGCUGCACUGCAGCAGCAAUUGUGGCAGCUCAGCGAGCGUCUGGUCUCCGAACUGCUAGAGCACCAAUCAAAUUAAACCAAAAACAAUGUUGUAUUCUUUGUAAAAUGUUUGUAUUUCUAUUUUAUACACUAAAAAAAUAAUAUUAAGCUUCGAGUAUACGUGA